AUGCUUAGCUUUUGCCAAAAUAUAUUUUUUCUCAACUUUUUUUUGAUUUCACUGAAUACAAAAGCUUUUGCUGCUGAAAAUGGUAAAAUUCAAGUAAGUGAGCAAUUCGAUCCAUCCAUUUAUAUAAGACAAGGCAUGUUCGGACAGGGAAUGAUGGGUAAUGGAGGUGUUGGAAUGCGUAACAGCAUGAACACUCAAAUGAUGCCAGUUAAUUUUGCUUUUAACUGUAAAUGUAAUUCGAAAGUUCCUAAUCCAAACAGCCCUGCACCAACAGAUUCAAAUCAGCUAGCUCAACAGCAAAUUCAGCAAUUACAGGAACAAGUUCGCCGUCAGAAUGAAAUAAUCAACCGGAGUAAUACUGGCAAGAGCGGCUUUGAACAGUUCCUUAAUCUUGUUCAGUUAGCUCAACAAAUGGAUUGCAGUUGCUCUUCUGAUCAGAUGAUGGGUGAAGGAAUGAAUGGAUUCAUGGGCGGUAGCGGUCAAAUGGGUCCAAUGGGAGCAAUGGGACAAAUGGGACAAAUGGGACAAAUGGGUCAAAUGGGUCAAGAGAUGGGACAGGGCAUGAAUGCAUUUCCUGGAAGCAUGAACGGCUUUCCACGGAUGGUUAGUCCGCAAGUUCAUGGUGUUACCACAUUCCAAAACAGAGUUCAACCUUUACAAGAAUUUCCUUAUAGGCAAUAA